CAGAAGCUUCUUUACUUCUAAAUUCAGACCUUGCUGCCACAAGGUCUCCAACAAAGUCCCAUGUAAGCCCUCAGUCUACCUUCUCACAAUGAAGGCCCCCACUAGUCUUCUACUGCCCAGCUUCAGCUUUUCUCCAGGAUUCCAGCUAAGCCAUUUACUUCACCCUUUCCCACCCUUCCCAUAUACUUGCCUCCCAAUAACCCCAACUCAUAGAGACCCAGCCUUCCUAGGGCCCCGCCUCCUGAGGGCCCAGCCUCCAGAAGGGCCUGGCUCUUGAGGGCCCCAACUCCCUGAUGGCCCAGCUAAGCUCCACUCCAAGUCCUAACUCUGCUUGGCUAACCUCUUUACCUGUCCCUGGGUUUGGCUUGCACAUUCUUCUCAGGUCUUUCUCUUCUGAGACAGAAAAAGCCAAUUGGCAUUAUAGAGGGAUAGCACAUACCAGAUUAAAUACGAAGCAAUAGCUUUAAAGCCUUGAGAGCAACAGAACUUGGCGGCGUCAACCCAACUUGGCUUAACUCUGGCUCACUGAACGAAAUCCCAGAUUCUAUGCUUCCUGGGCUUGCUAUAGCUUUCUGAUCCUGGAAUCCUCUUCAAUUCCAGCUAGAUGCUGCGUCAGGCACUUCGCAGAUUUGGUCAAAAGCUGGUACAUAGACCUCCGCUCAAGGAACCAGUGGCUGAGGAUGACCCACAGAGAAGACUGAGCACUCUGGAUUUAGUGGCCCUGGGUGUAGGCCGCACAGUGAGUGUAGGUGUGUAUGUCCUGGCUGGUGAGGUGGUCAGCAAUCAAGCAGGACCAUCCAUCGUGAUCUGCUUUUUGGUGGCCGGCCUAUCUUCUGUGUUGUCUGGGCUGUGCUAUGCUGAGAUUACUGCCCGAGUUCCCCUCUCUGGUUCUUCAUAUCUCUACACUUAUGUCACUAUAGGUGAACUCUGGGCUUUUAUCACUGGCUGGAACCUCAUCUUCUUCCUUGUGGCUGAUACAGCCAAUGUAACCCGGGCUUGGAUUUUAGCUUUUGCCAAUCUGCUUGGGAACCAGAUCUCUCAGACCCUGCGUGAGAGAAUCUUACUGUACGUUCCCCAAGUCCUUGCAGAAUAUCUAGUCUUCUUUGUUGUGGACCUUGUAUUGUUGCUUAUGGAAUUGCAGACUCUGAACCAUAGUCAGUUUUUCCUGAUUACCAAAGUGAUCACAUUGGUGAAACUUUUGGUUCUUCAUUUUGUCAUCAUCUCUGGAUUCAUUAAGGGGGAUCUGCACAACUGGACGCUCACAGAAGAUGACUACAUAACGGCUGGACUCAAUGACACCUCUAGCUUGAGCCCCCUGGGCUCUGGAGGAUUUGUGCCCUUCGGCUUCGAGGGGAUUCUCCAUGGAGCAGCUACCUGUUUCUAUACAUUUAUUGGUUUCCACAAUAUUUUUGAAAGAGUUGAAGAAGCCCAGAAUCCCCAGCAUUCAGUCCCCAUGGGCAUUGUGAUUUCACUGUUCAUCUGCCUUCUGGUAUAUUUUGGUGUCUCUUCAGCACUUACGCUUAUGGUGCCCUACUACAAGCUUCAACCUGGGAGCAUCUUGCCUGAGGCAUUUCUCCAUAUUGGUUGGGCUUCUGCCUACUAUGUUGUAGCUUUUGGAUUCCUCUGUAGUCUUUCAUCUAGCCUCUUGGGCUCUAUGUUACCCAUACAUCAGUUGAUACACAAGAUGGCAAAGGAUGGCCUAUUGUUCCCUGUUCUUGCCAGGAUAGAAACUGGCACGUAUGCUCCCAUCGUGGCCACUGUGAUCUUUAGCAUUACUGCACCAGUCAUGGCAGUCUUCUUUGGACUCACUGAUCUUGUGAACUUCAGGUCACUUGGGUCCCUGCUAGCUUACUCCCUGGUGGCUCUUUGUGUUCUCAUCCUCAGGUACCAGCCUCAGAGGAGGAAUGAGGAAAAUGAAGCAGAGGUGCAGGAGGAGAAUGGACCUGCAGCAGAGAGGCUAACUCUACAGGGACUACUUUUUCCAGGCAGCUCCACCCCUACUCCACUCUCUGGCCAGGUUGUCUAUAUUUGCUCCUCACUGCUUGCUCUGCUGCUCACUCUUCUUUGCCUGGUGCUGGCCCAGUGGCCAGUCCUGCUUUCUGGAGACCCAGUGUGGAUUUCAGUGGUUGUGGUGCUCCUGAUGCUCAUGACUGGGAUCACUGGGGUCAUCUGGAGACAGCCUCAAAGCUCCAGUCCCCUUUACUUUAAGGUCCCUGCCCUGCCUCUUGUCCCACUACUGAGCAUCUUCAUGAAUGUAUACCUUAUGAUGCAGAUGACAGCUGGAACCUGGGCCAGAUUUGGUGUCUCCACGCUUAUUGGGCUUGCUAUCUAUUUCAGCUAUGGGAUCAAGCACAGUGUGGAGGGAGUUGGAAUGGCCAACUCCACUUAAGGUAGGGCCAAAACUGUGGACCUUGAUCUCAUCAGUGCCCAUACAUAUUUAGUUUGACAUCAUCAUACCUGAAUGCAGUCUGGUCCCCCUACACAAUAAUUUUGAGUACUCUUUAGCAGAUGGAAAUGAGGUCUCCUAUGGGAUAUUGGUGGGGUAAUAAUUUAUUGUGAGUCAAGGAUGUGUCUCUGCUCCUUCUUUUUUUCCCCCCUUAUCUACUUUUCAGUUACGUCUGUAGCUGCAUAUUGGCUUUAAAAAAUAUUAAA